AUGCCUUCAUCCUCGAGUACAGCCCGUGCAAGCACUUCUUGCCGUCGCUGCCACCGACGGAAGAAGCGCUGCGACCGUACACUUCCACAAUGUGAGACCUGUAUCCAUGCCCAGGUAGAAUGCAGCUUUCUUGAUGAUGACAGACAAGUCGGAACAUAUCCAAUCGCCUACGUCCAAGGGCUCGAAUGUCGCGUCAAGGAGCUAGAAAAGCAACUUUCCGCAGCCCUAGCAUCAACACCAUACCCUACCCUCCAACUUGAUCAGGAUUUCGACCAGCCAGUAAUCAACUUCGCGACACCUCCGGACACGGACGCUAGCGACACCUUCCCCAUAGCGACUCCUCCAUCUCAGAGCCGAUCGGACUUUCUGGUCGAUGAGCUCAAGCGACUGUCCCUAGAAGCAGCAGCAGAGCGACAUCUUGGUUCCUCUUCAGGGCUAUCCUUCGCCAAGUUAACCCAGGCAGUCCUUCGACGGCUAUCCCCCGACAAAGCCGAGUUUGUAUUCGAUGAUACCCCAGACGAGUCGCCAGAGCAAUACGGUGAACCUUUCUCAGACCCUCUACUCGAUGCUUCAACUUCCCUCUGGGAACUGAACAACUCGUUCUCCUCACCAUGCCUCUUCAACCAACUUCCACUGUCACACGUCAUGGAAGACGAGACAACGCUGGCCGAUCUGCAAUUACCCGACAGAGCACAUAUCGAAUACUUAAUGGAGUUCUACUUCGCACAUUCCCACACACUGUACCCUAUCAUCCGCCAGACCGAGUUCACCUCCGUCAUAUGGCGAGUAUACAACAAUCCACAAGACCCUCUGGCAGGGUCUCCACUUUGGAUGUUUCGCAUCUGGAUGGUUCUGGCCAUUGGCUCGACGACACACUGUUCCGUAACCCUGGGAGAUGAAUCCGAGUCUGUGCUGUACUACAAUAAGGCAAUGGGGUAUUUCGAGGAUGCGCUUGGACUAGGCGAUAUGGCCGCACUAGAGGUCAUGAUGCUGCAAGUCUCUUACUCAUUCUUCAACCAAGUCGGACCAAACACAUUCUUCCUCGUCGGCGUUGCCGCCCGCAUGGCCAUCGGUAUAGGCCUACACAGCUCCUCAAGCUACGCCAGCCUCCCAUCUGACGUGAUCGAAUACCGCAAGCGGAUUUUCUUCUCUUUGUACAUGAUGGACAGGUACCUCUCCCCUAAACCCACACCCUAUCCUUUAUCCACUCUAAUAACCCUUCACCGACACCACCACAACAGACGACCUAAACCACACAACCAACCUCUCCAUCCCACUACACAUCCUCUCCCUCCGCCGCAUCGCCAGCGAAAUCACCACAGCCCUCCACUCCCCAACGAACACGCACAACUCAGACCGCCAGACAACCCUCCAAACUCUACACAAGAAGCUCCUCCACUGGCGACGCACCAUGCCCUUCCCACUCCCACCAACCCCAUCCCCAAUCCCACAUCUAACCAGCGCCUGGUUCGAUCUGAACUACUACACGCACAUGACGAUGCUGUACCGGCCAUCUCCUCUCUUCCCGUCUCUCGACGAACAGAAAGUGAAGAUGUUAGCGACAGCUGCGGCAAUGGCUAUUCGGCAGGCGAUGAAUCUGCAUCGGCAGGGGCGGUUCGCGUAUAA